GUCUGUCCUUCCUUUCUAUUGAUCCAUAUGGAUCCAGUAGGCCCGUCAUCCACAAGCAGCCAGAUCCAACAGUUGAGUAGCUCAUUUGGAAAACCGGCCCGGCCCAUUAGCAGCAAGAGACAAAAACCUGAUAGCCGUCGAAUUGAGGAAAGAGAGAGGGUUAUCCGCAGUGACGUCCACACACCAAACUCCUUCACUCUCGUCCCGCCACGUGUGCUGAAGAAGCUUCGUAUUUCUCCAGAUCAGGCGGGCCCCACCGUCCACCACCUCCUCGGUAUUUAUCCCCUCCUCGAACCGUGCGACCUGAGCUUCUCUCAAUAAAUUAAAACAAAAUUUUAUUUAUUAUAAAAAAAUCCCCGAUCGACUCCCCUGUUUGUCUGUAUCAUCGUCUCGCCCUCCUCUGCCUCCAUUGAAGAACAAAGGGAGAGGGAAGAAGAAAGGGAAAAGAUGGAUCAUGCGGCGGAUGCACUGCGGACGGACUUGAUGACGAUAACGAGGUACGUGCUGAACGAGCAGUCGAAGCACCCAGAGUCCCGCGGCGACUUCACCAUCCUCCUCAGUCACAUUGUUCUCGGCUGCAAAUUCGUCUGCUCCUCCGUCAACAAGGCUGGUCUGGCGAAAUUGAUUGGGCUUGCUGGGGAGACCAAUGUUCAGGGUGAAGAGCAGAAGAAACUGGAUGUGCUCUCCAAUGACGUCUUCGUCAAAGCAUUAGUCAGCAGUGGCCGCACUUGCAUUCUUGUGUCUGAGGAAGAUGAAGAAGCGACCUUUGUCGAGCCAGCGUUGCGUGGCAGGUACUGUGUCGUCUUCGAUCCCUUGGAUGGAUCCUCCAACAUCGACUGUGGUGUCUCGAUUGGGACGAUUUUUGGGAUUUACAUGGUGAAAGAUUUUACUGAGCCUACCCUAGACCAAGUGUUGCAGCCAGGGAAGAACAUGGUUGCUGCUGGUUACUGCAUGUAUGGAAGCUCCUGCACGUUGGUGCUGAGCACAGGGAGUGGAGUGAAUGGGUUCACUCUUGAUCCAUCCCUUGGGGAGUUCAUACUCACUCACCCUGAUAUUAAGAUUCCAAACAAGGGCAAGAUCUACUCUGUAAAUGAAGGGAAUGCCAAGAAUUGGGAUGGUCCUACAGCCAAGUAUGUGGAAAACUGCAAGUUCCCUAAAGAAGGUUCCUCGCCGAAGUCUCUUCGAUACAUUGGAAGCAUGGUUGCUGAUGUGCACCGCACGUUACUAUAUGGAGGCAUAUUCCUGUACCCAGCUGACAAGAAAAGUCCCAGUGGCAAACUUCGUGUCUUGUACGAAGUCUUCCCGAUGUCAUUCCUGAUGGAGCAAGCUGGAGGUCAGGCUUUCACAGGCAAGGAAAGGGCACUAGACUUGGUCCCGAAGAAGAUACACGAGCGAUCUCCGAUAUUCCUGGGGAGCUACGACGAUGUGGAGGAGAUCAAAGCGCUCUAUGCUGCUGAGGCAAAGAACUAAUGGAUGGAGGAGGUGCUGGUUUUUCUUUUUCUGCAGCAUAGCUGUUGUGUCUAAUGGUGGACUUUGCAUUCAUAGUAUCUCGAAGAAGUUUCAAACAAAUUGUCUAUUCUCCAAUACAGUGAUAAUACACCUCUUUCUGGUUAUGUACGAUAUAUAUAUACCAAUCCCGUAUUAUGAACAAGCUAUAAUAUAAAUGUUCGUGGAAGUGUGUUGUUGUAGUCUUGUGAUUUGCAAUAAGGCCAACAAGAAAACCCAUGAUAGCAUUUUACAGACCCAUAACUGAGCACAACAUUCAACCCACAAUAACAACAUUUUGCCGACUCAUAACUGCAGCCCAAUUGACAAAAUGAUAACCUUUCACGCUAUUUUGAGCUUCUUAUUUUAAUUUAAUUUAAUCUGAUUGAUUUAUUAUUCUUCUUCACAUUUCUGGUGUUCUGACUUCUGAGUAUUAGCUAUGAGAUGUUCCCAAGUUCCGAUGAAUGAGAGAUUGGUUCAGAAAAGAGAGCAAGUUUCUGGUAUGAAGCCUGACUGCACUGCUUCUUAUGACACAACUUGGAGUUUGACAAUCACCACCCCGACCCCUUAAUUUAACGAGACCAGCAUAUUGAGUCAAGUGGCGCUGGCUGGCUUGCUUUAAUAUUAAUGAGACUUUCUUCAAUAUUUUCAUGUUUAUAUAAACAAGGCAUGUACAUUCAUCUUUAAAGUUAUGUUUGUGUUCUGGAAAAAAAACUAUGUGUUUUAAAACGAUGGCGAUUGAAAAUAAUCUAUUGCAUAAUACAAAAAAUUAAAGAGUUCAUAAAUAAUUUUGUUUCAAAUUAUGUUUUACAUAAUGUUACGACUAUUUUCAUUUGAGUAUUACUUAAACAAGUUGAACCACAACUCAUUUCUAGAAAAGAGACUUCAGGAUUCAUUCGACGGCCCUGACCAUGUGAUUGGACACCAAUUUUCUUUAGUGGCGAUUUGCCAAGAGAUUUCUUUGAUAAGUUUGAUGAUGAGUAUCAAGAUACCCUUCCCUUUCAAACCCUUGGACAAAUUUUCAAACACCACUUUUUUUUAUAUAAUGGCGACACCAAUUUUUAUUAAGAACUUUUGAGUUUGUAGCUUGCCAAAUCAAUUUAUCGGCUCCGGUAGACAAUAAAAACAGAUCAAGGGUACCUAACAAAUGCAUCAAGCUCUCCCCUCCCCCUCUCAACACCACCUCUAAGAGUGUAUUUAAGUGGUAUAACCCAAAACUAACCUCUCAUUCUCAAUGUGGACACACUGCGAGACCUUGACAAGUGGGGAAACAGCAGCGGCUGCGACUCGUGGAAAAACCUCGACAAGAGCCCUUUCGAGAAGCCAAACAUCUAACCAGAAAAGAGUGUCAUCUCCUGUUCCGAUCUUAAUCUUCGCAAAUCUCCAGAAAUCGGCUUUUUGUUUAAUAAUUUGCCUCCACUUACCCAAUCCGUGCCAUUCGACGAAUACUUCAAAACCAGUAAGUCCCUCCACCAAACGUCUCUCUCACUUGAAAACCGCCAAAGCCAUUUGCAGAUGAGCGCCUUGUUCUGCAACUCGAGGUCAUUGAUACCCAAACCUCUCCAUUUCUUUGGUGUUUUGCAUCUUUCCCAUGCUACUAAGUGGAUCUUUCUCUAUUCACACAACCCAGACCAUAUAAACUCCAACUGCAUACCUUCUAUCUUUUGGAUUACGGCUUUGGGUGCUAGAUAGAGUGACCCUCUAAACAAAGGUUGGCUCACCAAACAGGCAUUACUCAACACGACUCUUCCACCUAAGGACAACAAGCCUCCUUUCCAGCUUACCAAUCUCGAUUGCAUUCUUGUUAUAGCAGGAUUCCAGAUUAUGGACAAAACAUAUCGAGAUUGAGCCGGGAGAGGACGCUGUCAGGUCGAGGAGAGUACACAUGAGCGCUCCGCCCCACCUAUAGGGUGGGUACUAUGACUAUCCACUCCAAAACAAACCAAAUAGAUUGGGUAGCACGGAUUAGGUGAAAUUGUCAUCCCUACUUUUACCUCAAAUUUUCACUCCAUCCAAAUUAAUACCCUAAAACCCUAUUACGUGAUCCCGCUCACGAUUCACCGGCUGAAUUGGCAGGUUUUUAGCAAGUAUUUACAUCGUUCUCAUUUGUUUGAUACAAGAAUUAAGAUGGUUUGAAUGAUUAUGGUAAUGCUAAAACAUCAUAUACCAAAAUUAUCCAUGUAUGAUGUAUCACAAACGAUAGAGGAAGAGUGAUUCUUAUUAUGUUCCAAGUCCGUUCAUUCAAUGCGACAAACCAAAUUCAGUGGUUUCCUAGUUUCUCCACCCACGUUCCCACUUGUGUUCCUUUCCCAUCAAUAUUUAGUCGUCUCUUCCCUGUUGUUUUGACCAAUAUAUGCCAACAAGCAUGAUGGGCACAGUUCAGGCCACCCAUUAUUAUAUGUAAAAUAGUCAUCAACGUACCAAAAGAAAUUCUCUUGCCAUCCAAUCCAUGACCCAAAUGGCCGCCCCUCUACCUCUACGGCUCUACUAGAUGUGUUUACUUGGACCAGUUCGUUUUAGACUAGGAUCGAAAAUGAGACAAUUUGACCAACUAUUCUAAUGUUCUUGCAGAUAAUAACGAGAUUUACGAUCGAGUACUAGGAUUAGAACUCAUGAAUGGGAAGAUAUGAAAAGAGUUGAAAUGCAACGAUUUGCAUCUCGAGGUAAAGCAACAUAUAAUUAACAUAAAGUUAACAACGUGUGUUGUAUGUCCAUCAAACACCAGCCUUAACUUCAGUCAAGAGUGUUAAUUGACAAAACACGCCAUAGAAAGUAUCCUCUAUUAUUUUUUAUGACAGAGAACCUUUACUCGUGGUCGUCAGUUUGGACUAGCUGGAAGAAUGAUGGUUUAAGACCAAAGGGAGGGUUGGAUGCACUAGGACGGAUGCCCAUAACAACCCUAAGUGCAAUGGGAGUAGGAACAUGAUUUUCAUGCUAAAACUCAACCACUGUAAGUACAAUCACACUUUGUGUGCUACAACUCAGUCAUCCACCUCAGGACUAUGAUACAUCUCUAUCUCGGAAUUGCUACAGAAGGGGGAUCAAUGCUAUCGCUAGGUACACACGACCUUGUGUGUAUCGUGACUUACCAACUUAGCUAUCAUUUUAUAGACAAAAAUAAACUGCGGAAAUCUAAAAUUGUGACUUUUCCGUUGUUGGAGGAUUAGUAUCACUUUGAUUUUUUUUACCUUAGUAAAUUACAUUCUUAACUACAUCUUUCACGUGUGUUACUUCUUCAUAGAAUAGGAUAAGGUGACAACCUCUUAAUGGGGUUGUCACUCUAACAACCUACUUCUACAUUGUGGUUUUUCCCCUUUUUUUUAAAUCGGCGGUCAAAAUUGUUUCAUGAAAAUUUUGAAAACAAAAAAGUAUUACUUCUUAUUCCUACCCCCUUCCAUAUAUGACGUUCCAUCUUCGUCUCUCUCCCAAACCCUCACAAUUCACUGUUUCCUCCCCUCUCUCCCUAGCAGCCUGAAGGAAGACGGUGAAAGCCGCUCCACAAACGACAAAGGCAUUCCAGACGCCAACGACAACAACCCUCUCAUCAACGACAGUGGCUCCAUUGUGUUACUGAUCCCAUUGAUUUUUUGUUUUAAAACUCGUACCUAAGCUUUAUAUUAAGAUAUUGGUUCGCCUAAAUUGGUAUUGGUUUUCUGAAGUGGUAGUGUUUUUCAUGAUUCAGUACUGAUUUCUUGUUUUAUUUUUGUAGUGGUAUUGAUUCGUUUGAAUUGGUGUUGGUUCGUCUAAACGGAGACAAAAAAAGAAUUGAGAAGAAGAAUGCAUAGAGAUGGCCAGUGAUUUCUUGUUUUAUUUUUGUAGUGGUACUGAUUUGUUUGAAUUGGUGUUGGUUCGUCUAAACGGAGACAAAAAAAAAAAAGAAUUGAGAAGAAGAAUGCAUAGAGAUAGCCAGAGAAGCAGAUAGGGGACUUAGAAGAGAGGGAAAAAAAUGUAAUUAAUAAAUAUUUGUAACUUUUUAAAAUGUAAUUAUUCAAUUUUAUUUUUCAUACACAAUUUAUUCUUAGUUGUCACCAUGACCACUAGUAAGGUAUGCACUAUAACAAGUAUCCUCUUCACAAUGAAACUGGAGAUUACAUUCAAUAAUCAAGACUAAAAAAGCAAAGCUGAUUAGCUUUAGGUUAAAGAUCCAUAAGAGGUUUUGUUAAAGUGGUUGGAAAUGUAACUUUAAUCAAGCUAGAGUGUCUUACAAGAUAGCAAAUUGAGAAAUUAAUUAUAUCAUCAUGUAUAGAUAAAAAUCUUGUAGCAUAUUAUUUAUGUCAUAACAUAAGUUGUUCCACUUGAUGGCUCGAGGUGUUACUUUGGAUAGUUGACCAAAUUACAAUGAUGGAAUUUUCCGAUUAAGAUUGAGCAUAUUUUGGAAGGUGCUUUGGAAAAUCCUCAUUGAAAGUCAUUAUCACUUAUCAUCAGGCAACUAUCCAUUUAUUCAAGUGUCACACACAAGGAAAUUAACAAAGAUAAUUGCACGAGAGAUAUAUUAAGAUGUAUAAUAAAUUCCGUAUUAAUCAAUUGAUUUGCCAUUUUGAAGAAGCCUAUUUAUUUUUACCUUUUCUUUCUCAUAGGGAUGUAAUUUAAUUACUUAUAUAUGAUCAUCCGUUUACCAUGGAUCUCAUAUUAAGAUGUAUAAUAAAAAUCCAGCCUAUCACUACGUAUUAUUAUUACCACUAGUACAUAAUGAAUGCACAUGAAGGAUUGGAAGUAUUAUUUUGAAGGGGCUAGCAUCAGGUGACUAAGAGGGGGGCCUUAGUCACAUGACUAAGUAAAUCUCAGCCCUUCCAUCUCAUUAAAAUCUAAUGGCUACAAUUAAUCUACUUUAAUGAAGGGCAAAAUUGUAA